CCAAGACAUUCACGUAAACAAUCCUCGCCAUCACUGACACUUCCCAUUCGGCUCAUUACACCAGCAAAUCUCGAAAAUUUAAUCCUACGUAAGCCCAAAUAUAUAAUGUAAAAGAGAGAGCCAAUCCCAACCAGCGUUUGCUCCGUGGCAUUGAAUUGGAAAGGACUCCUGUGCAAAAUGGUCAGCCAGCUGCCAGCGCAGUCCGCACAUCUAGUCAAGCUCGCUCCCUCCGGCCAGGUGGCCGUUGCCGUGGUCAGCAAUCUCCAGAGAUCGCGAUCGAGCUCCGCCCGCCGGAGGCUCAUCUCGAUACUGUUCGCCGGCGACCUGGGCAACUACAUUAGACGACUGUUGGCCCAUGUGGCGAGGAAGAUCGGGGCACUCUUUCGGCCGGACCUGGCGCUCACCUACAAGGAUGUGGCCAUCUCCCCGGCCAUGGCCCAGAAACUGGCCGCGGUAGGCCGGAAGACCCUGAUCCUCGACCUGGACGAGACUCUGGUGCACUCCUGCUACAGCGAUCCGGAUACCCACGACAACGUGGGAUGCAACCUGUUGCCCGAAGGCGCACAGCCCGAUUAUGUGCUCAGCGUGACGAUCGAGGGUGUCGAGCCGAUCGCCUUCCGGGUCUUUAAACGGCCUCAUGUCGACGAGUUCCUGGAAUUUGUGUCCAAGUGGUACGACGUGGUGAUCUACACGGCCAGCCUGGAGGUCUAUGCCGCCCAGGUGGUGGACCUUCUGGACGCGGGACGGGGCAUGAUGCCGCGUCGCUUCUACCGGCAGCACUGCCGCAACUCCACGCCAUUGAUCGCCAAGGAUCUGACCCUGGUCAACCCGGACAUGAGCGGCACCUUGAUCAUCGACAACUCGCCGUAUGCGUACCGCGAUUUCCCGGACAAUGCUCUCCCCAUCAAGACGUUCAUCUACGACCCCGGAGACACGGAGCUGCUGAAGCUGCUGCCCUUCCUCGAUGCCCUGCGUUUCACCAAGGACGUUCGAUCGAUUCUUGGCCGGCGAGUUGUCCGCUCUACGAUGGUCCGCUCCACGGCUUCAUCUACCUAUCGAUGAAGCGGAACCCCUCCUUUUUAAAAACAUCUAAGCUGGCCAGUAAUGUCUGUACAGAUGAAGCUUCAAUAAAUAAAAC